CAACAUGGCUGCGCUCUGAGCCGGAUUCAGCUCCGUGUUUCCGCAUGUAGUGAGGAGCAGUUUUUACUAUUGAGGGUUUCAUCUCCCAGCGUUUAUGAUCCUGAGGGAGCGGAGUCUCAGGAAGUGAUGUGAAGGUGAUAUGAUGGUGAUGAGAGCGCUGCAGAGUGUUCCUGAGGUGAGAUAGCUCUCUCUCUCUCGACCAUGUUCGGAGAUCUGUUCGAGGAGGAGGAGGAGAGUUCCUCUACAGCCACAUCUACCACCACCCAGUCAAAAGGGAAGGUGUGUGAGCCUCCACCUCCCCGAGGGAAACUGAAGCUGUGUGGGAUUAGAAAUCAAGGAUCAACAUGUUACCUUAACUCACUACUGCAGACCUUGUUACACACACCUGAGUUCAGAGAGGAGUUGUUCAGGUUGGGACCCGAGGAGCUCGGCAACCUGGAGGAUAAAGACAAACCUGUCGCUAAGGUGCGUGUUAUUCCUCUGGAGAUGCAGAACCUGUUUGCUCGGUUGUUGCUGUUGGAUGAACAAACAACUACAACUGCAGCACUGACUGAGAGCUUCGGCUGGACAAACCAUGAGGAGACGACUCAGCAGGAUGUUCAGGAAUUGAACAGGAUCUUGUUCAGUGCGUUGGAGUCGUCUCUGGUCGGGACGUCUGGUUCCACUUUGAUACAGAGACUUUACCAUGGAACCCUGAUCAACAACAUCACCUGUAACUACUGUCACAACAUCAGUGAGAGACAGGAGGACUUUCUGGACCUGACGGUGUGUGUUGGCGGUGUAAACAGCCUGGAGGAGGCGCUAUGGAGCAUGUUUGUUGCAGAGGAAGUAUUUGAGGGAAAUAAUCUGUAUCGCUGCAGUCACUGUGACAAACUCGUCACCGCCACCAAGUCUGCUAAACUGAGGAAGCUCCCCCCGUUUCUCACCGUGUCUCUGCUGCGCUUCAGUUUUGAUUUUGACAAGUGUGAGAGGUUUAAGGAGACGAGACGUUACAGCUUCCCACUCAGCAUCAACCUGCGGCCCUUCUGUGAGCAGUCAGACCAGCCGGACUCUGAGCUGUCCUAUGAUCUUUUCUCCAUCAUCAUACACAAAGGUGGAUGUUAUGGAGGACAUUACCACGUCUACAUCAAAGACAUUGACCAGCUUGGCCACUGGGAGCUGCGUGAGGAUGAUAUGAAACAGAAGAAGCAGAAGGUGCAGGUGAAGUCCUCCAGCAUGAGUGUAUGUGAUUCUCCUGUGGAGAAAGACGAUCCUCUGUCUGUAUUAACAGCUGUUCUUGCGCAGGAGUCGGGCAGUGUGUUGGUAGAUCAGCUUGGUCAGAAGUUGAUGGAGAAAAUUGGUUGUUCCUGGAAUAAGAAGUACAGGAAGCAGUAUGGACCAAUCAGAAAGUUUCUGCAGUCUAACCCUGACAUGUUUGUGUUGCUGGUGAACGCCUCUCGUGUGGCUCUCAGAAGCCCAGCACAAACACCUGAGCAGAGGGCGGAGCCAGAUUUUGUAGCAGAGAAUGCCCAGGAUGAGUCGGAGGUGGGGCCAGAUUGUGGUAUGGGGGCGGAGCCUGUGAGCGGCCACUGGUUUGACCUGAAUGAUUCGAUGGUAACGGCGAUCAGAGAAAGUGACAUCAUCAAACAGUAUGAGGGGAAAGAGAGCGCUUACAUGCUGUUUUACAGGAAACACACACUGCAGAGACCACGCAAUGCAGUGGGUAAUCCUGCAUUUGGAGUUCCUCCUCACCUGCUGCAGAUGGUUCAGGAGGAAAAUGCUAAGCUCCAGCAGAGGAGGACAGAGUUUGAGGUCAGCAGUAACAGUGUUGAAAUUCGUCUCCACUUUGCCUCUCAUUACUGCGUUGAGAACGGAGCACUAAAGCUCAUCAACACACACACGGACACACACACACUCACCCUGAGCUUCGACCGCAGGAGGACGGUGGGAAACCUGAGACUGGCUGUUUACCAGAUACAGGAUGCAUGGGAAGGAGACAUGGCACUGACAAUUGCUAAGAACCUGCCAGCAGGACUACACCUGUAUGACACACUGACAGAUGAUCAGCAGCCUUUGUGCAGUGCUGGAGUGUCUAAUGGCUCUGAUUUGUUUGUCUGGAAUGGGACAGAGGUGAACGGUGUGUGUGUGCAAACUGGAGCUGAGUAUGAACCAUUGCUGUUGAACAUCCUGAGGCCUGGUGGGGUGGAGCCGGGCUCUGCGGGCAUGGAUGGUGUUGAUUCCAAAUCAGACGUCUCUGGUCUUGUGCGUAUGAUGCACGGGUUUGGGGGCGGAGCCACGCUGGGUGGCGUGCGGGACGCUCUCAGCCUGCAGGAGGCGCUGGUGUGUCAGCAGGCAAAAGAGGCGAGGCCAGGUGGAGAAGGAGGCGGGGCCAGCAAGUGGAAGGUGUAUUCACCUGAGGCCAUGAGGAGGACGCUGAGACAACUCACACUCCGGGACGGAGACACGCUGCUGCUGCUGCCACACACACACCUGGACAACAGUGUGUUCAGCGUUAGUGAAGACGUGGUUACCGUGACGACACCAUCGGACUGUCGCUGGCUGCAGGUGGAGCUUUACACACACACAACUCAGGAGGAGAACGUCAUGAAGAUUCCAGCUGCAGGAAGCACUUUGCUUAGUGAGGUGAAAGAGAGAGCGCUGGAGGAGAUGCAGCAGCAUUUCACAGGUGGUGUGUGUUGUUUGAGACAGAGGGAUCGAACGGGGAAACUUUUACCCCCAGUCCGUGAAGAUCUCGCUGUACGUGAUGCAGGUAUUAAGUUGAUGACCUCGCUGUGUCUGUGUCCUGGACAUGCCCCAAAAGCCUCACAGCUUUUUCUGUUCUUCAGUGUUGCGCCACCUACAGGCCCAGAACUGGAGAUCAUCGUGGAGGAGACGCUCACUGUGAAGGAGUGUUUGAUAGCGAUGCUGCAGGAAGCCGGACUGAACGGAAUGUGCUGGCACUUGAGGAGGAUGGAUUGGUGUGAGGAGGUUGGGGAACCCCUGUUGGAUGAGAAUGCCUCUCUGUUGGAGAUGGGUGUGGUUAAUGGAGACACACUGGUGAUCACUGAGGGACAACUUCCCCCAAAGGGAUUUCUGAAGUUGGCAGUGAGCUGGUUAAUGGAGCUGAGUGAUGAGUGUGAGAGAAAUUACACAGCAGAAUCACAGACUACAGGGUUGCAGUCUGUUGGUUAUAUUGAAAUUUCAGAAGAGGCUUCACUACAUGAGCUCAGGUGUCAGGUGCUGACUCUGCCGGCGCUGGUGCAGGUACGUGUUCCGUCUCCUGAAUUUUUGCGUGUUUGGUUAGUGGAGGGAAAAAAACUGGUUAGAAUCCUCAGAGGAAACCAACUCACACUCAGGAAGUUGAAGUUGUCUGUUCAGUCUGCGGUGUGUGUGCAGAAGCUGCAGUGUGAGGAGAACCUUGGUCUGAAGGACAUCCUGUUGCGUCUAUGUGUGGGUGUGACUAAAGCGGAGAGUGCCGAUUUCCCCACCCAUGAGUUUGUGUGGGAGCCAGGGCUUGACUCCUCCCCUAAGGGGCUAUACCAUGCAGUCUCCUCCCACUGUGGAAUCUCAAUUGACAACCUGCUGCUCGCUAAACACCUGACUGAACAACACACCUGGAUUACCAUCGACUAUGGGUCGGUGUCCAAACAGAAGAAGAAGCAGAAUAAGAGUAACAGUAAAGGUGUGAACCUGCAGGGGGCGCCAUACUGCCUGAGAGACGGAGACACUAUAGCAGUAAAGAAUUUGCUGAUUGACAAUAAUCUGGAGUUUGGUACAGUAAAAAAUGAAGAACAAAUAUUCAGAGAGAAAACAGAGCCAAGAGGGCACAAUAGACGCUCAGAGAAAAAGAAGAAAAGGAACCCAGAAGUGUCCUUGUCAAUCAAUGUGGGUGUGUUCAGAUAGCCCCACCCAUACACCAAGCCACACCCACAUUCACCUGCCUAUUGGUGCCAUUUGAGAUUCUCAGCUAAUCAGAGAGCUGCUGUGUCAUAGUUGGGUGUAAGAAACACCCUGCUGCAAAGGAUGCUGGGUAAUCCAGGUGUGAGGUUGUGAUGUGACCUCUUCCCACUGUGAUUGUAACAGUCAGACCGCUGGGGGUUAUGGGUAAAAUUGUUGUGAUUGUUCAGUUUGGUCCAGCAUUAAUGCAUUAACCUUUAAUGAGCAUCACUGAUGAUGUCACCAAGAAGGAACCUCUUUAUACUGUUUAUCUAGAUAACUGUAUGCAAAGUGUGUGUGUGUGUGUGUGUGUGUGUGUGUGUGUGUGUGUGUGUGUGUGUGUGUGUGUGUGUUUGAGGGGAUGGGAAUUAUAAUUGUUGCAAUGAACUAUAUUUUUAUGUUGAUGAGCUUUAAAUUUAUAUUUCUGUGCAGUGUUUAAUUACACACACACACACACACACACACACACACUUUCUGCUGAUUUUAAGUCAACUCAGAUGAAUCAUAUGUUUAUGUAACGGUUAAUUUUUUUACUGUUUGAUUCUUUUUCACCAUUUUGACAUUUUUUUUGGUUAAUUUCAAAUGUAAAAGAAAAAAAUAAAAUGUUGUAAAAUUCAGCCUC